AAUGGGUAUUUGCUGCUGCUGUAGAAAGAAAGAGACGAAUAACGUAAUAAGCUUAUAUAAAGCUAAUAAAGAAUGUAAUAAUUUAAUAAAUGAACUUUAUAAUUAAACAUGGAGAAAAAGGGAUGUUUAAGAAGAGUAUAAAUAAUUCAUCAGAGGUGUUCAAACUAAAACAGAACUAAGAAAGAACUAUAAUUUAUCCAUUUAAAUGUCUGCUGAAUUAGCAAAAAUAUGCAACUUUUUCAGAGAAGUUAGAGGUGAUGGAAAUUGCUUUUAUACUGCUUUUGGAUUUUAAUAUCUGCGCAUGAUUUUACUGAAGGAUAAACCUAAUUAAUUUGCAGAAUUUACUAAGAAAUAUGCAAAUAUUUAGAUGAAAAUAUUUUCGGAUAAUUUUAAUACUGAAAAUGAAAAGAUCUAGGCUAACUUACGGACAGAAUUCUUCAAAAUGAUAAGUCAAUUAAGAAUGAUCAAAGAUAAGCAAAAAAGGGAAGAAUCAUUUAUCAAGUAAUUCUAGUGUUACGAGGAUUAACAAGAAAUGGAUUGUUGCUUAUACGGAUUAUCAACUAUUUUUUUUAGGAACCUUGCUAACCUUGUUGUUGAUGAAAAUGAUUUGGCAACCUUACUAUAUGAUAGAGAGAAUUUGCUAAUUUGGGAGACAGAGUGUAACAAUAAUGAAGUGGUAAUAUCCGCCCUUGCUAAGAGCUUAAAAAUGUAUUUAUGUUUAUAAAUUUAAGAAAAAUAUUAUUAGUAUUUUUUUAAAAUGCUGGAUUUGAAUUGAAAAAGUAUGAGGAGUAACAUGAAGACUAAGUUAUUUUGUUGAUUAAACCAGGUCAUUACAAUAUUGGAUUAUAUUUAGAAAACUGA